AUGCCAGCCACAACACAAGAGACGAUCAGCCUCUCGAGCACAAAUGUCAUCAUCCACCCACUCGUGCUUCUCUCAGUAACGGACCAUGCUUCGAGAUCGGCGUCGGGUCCGCGCAAGCGAGCCGUUGGUGUACUUUUGGGCCAGGAGCUCAACAACGGCAAGACGAUCAAUGUCGCCAACUCUUUCGCUGUGCCAUUCGAGGAGGACGAGCGAGAUGCCAAGACGUGGUUCUUGGAUCAUGACUACAUCAGUGGCAUGAUGGAGAUGUUCAAGAAGGUCAAUGCACGCGAGAAGAUGGUGGGAUGGUACCACACAGGCCCGCGACUGCGCUCGUCGGAUCUCGAGAUCAACGAGCUGAUGAAGCGUUUCAUUCCACGACCCGUCAUGGUCAUCGUCAACCCAAGGCAGAGGGAUGUGGGUAUUCCUACAGAUGCAUACUUUGCUGUCGAGGAGAUUAAGGACGACGGAACGGCGACACAAAAGACGUUUAUGCAUGUGCCAAGCACCAUCGAGGCAGAAGAGGCGGAGGAGAUCGGUGUCGAGCAUCUACUGCGAGACAUUCGCGACACAACAGCAGUGGGCACGCUUUCGACACGUGUAUCGAGCCAGCUCUCGAGCUUGCGCGGAUUGCAGUCGCGGCUGCUCGAGAUUCGAGAUUACUUGCAAGCAGUGGUCGAGGGAAAGCUUCCGGUCAACCACCAGAUUAUCUACGACCUCCAGGACAUCUUCAAUCUGCUGCCCGACUUGGACAAGAAUCACGAGGCGGCCAAGUCGUUUGCAGUCGACAACAAUGACCGACUGCUCAUCGUCUACCUGUCGAGUCUGAUCCGUGCCGUGAUCGCACUGCACGGUCUGAUCAACAACCGACGCGAAAACGAGAAGGGCGAAGAGGAGGCGUCCAACAGGAUCACCAACGGGACCUCGGCAGGCGGCAAGGAAGCCGCAGAGGACGCCAAGAAGGAUGAGGCUAAGGAAGAGAAGAAGAAGGAUUAA